GACCAGCUUCCCCAACUCCCUCUGGCUCCCGCCUUCGCCCGCUUCCGGUCGUCGUCGUCGCCGCUGCUGCCGCUGCUGUUGCUGCUGAGGCUGCUGGCUGAGGCCGGAGGAUCGGGCGGCGGCGGCGGCGGCGGCUGAGAGGGCGGCGGCGGGAGCGGAGCGGGACGAGGAAACGAGGGGAAGCGAGCGAGGAGCGCGCAGAGCGCGCUUUUCCGUCCGCCUGAGGAGCCGAAGCAGCCCCGGCCCCGCCGCCGCCGCCUGCCCGCCGGACAAAGCCGAGAGCCCGCGCCCACAGCCAUGUCCUCGUCAGCCGGCAGCGGCCACCAGCCCAGCCAGAGCCGUGCCAUCCCCACCCGCACCGUGGCCAUCAGCGACGCCACGCAGCUACCUCAUGACUAUUGCACCACGCCCGGGGGGACGCUCUUCUCCACCACACCGGGAGGAACUCGAAUCAUUUAUGACAGAAAGUUUCUGUUGGAUCGUCGCAAUUCUCCCAUGGCUCAGACCCCACCCUGCCAUCUGCCCAAUAUCCCAGGAGUCACUAGCCCUGGCACCUUAAUUGAAGACUCCAAAGUAGAAGUAAACAAUUUGAACAACUUGAACAAUCACGACAGGAAACAUGCAGUUGGGGAUGAUGCUCAGUUUGAGAUGGACAUCUGACUCUCCUGCAAGGAUUAGAAGAAAAGCAGCAACACUGAUACUUGUGUGCACCUGAUUUGGCCAAUAGGAUCAGCAGUGAAAAGACAGAAGAGGCAAUACCAGCAGUCCCCAUUACAGUCUCCACCUCCCCGUCUUCCUGUGGGUGCCAAAUGAUGGGAAGAUGAGCUUCGUCUGACCAUUUCUUCUCCCUGUCUCCUGUUGCCCUUUCCAGUUAAACAGGUUAGAUUGAAAGCCCUUGCUGUAUUUCUGUAGAGCUAAGCAGCCCUUAGAGGAAAACAGUUCAAGUCUGA